AGCGAGCCGGAAGUUCCAAAGCCCACACAGAGAAGGUGGGGGGUGGGGGUGGAGGAAGACUCGGUAGGGAUGGCGGCUCAAAUUCCAAUUGUGGCCACCACUUCCACUCCGGGGAUAGCCCGGAACAGCAAGAAGAGGCCAGCUAGUCCUUCCCACAACGGCAGCAGCGCUGGGGGUUACAGCGCCAGUAAGAAGAAAAAAGUGGCUGGCGCCGGCUUUACGCAGGGUAUCAGCAUGGAAGCCAUGAGUGAGAAUAAAAUGGUGCCCUCUGAUUAUAGUACAGGACCUAUGGAAAAAGCUGCCAAGCCAUUGCCAUUUAAGGAUCCAAACUUUGUGCACUCUGGCCACGGUGGCGCGGUAGCUGGCAAGAAGAACAGAACCUGGAAGAACCUGAAACAGAUCCUCGCUUCGGAAAGGGCAUUGCCGUGGCAACUGAACGACCCUAACUACUUCAGUAUUGAUGCUCCUCCAUCCUUCAAACCAGCUAAGAAGUAUUCUGAUGUUUCAGGUCUUCUUGCCAACUACACUGACCCCCAGAGCAAGCUGCGGUUCAGCACCAUUGAAGAGUUUUCCUAUAUCCGGAGGCUGCCAUCUGAUGUCGUCACUGGCUACCUGGCCCUGAGGAAGGCCACGAGCAUCGUUCCCUGAGCCUUGAGAAACGGAGAUGAUGUGGAAAGCUGUUUCAAAGGCAAACUCUGGACUCAUGAUUUUGUUUCAUGGAAACAAACUCAUUGUGCUUGUCAAUCUGGAAAUGUCAGUGCUGUGCCUUGGAAAGAAUGUUUAGCUUUAAUUUAAGUUUUUUUUUUUUUUUUUUUUUUUUUUUUUUUGGUUUUCUGUUUUCCCUCCAAGUGGGAUGUUUCCUGUUGAAUUAAAUUAUACUUCAGUUGUUGCCUCAAGUCAACUUGUUUGACGAGAAAAUAUAAAAUUGUGCUUUUAACUUAACCCAUGUACAUCCCUGGAUUUUGCUUCAACGUUGUAAACUGUCUUAUAACACAUUUAAAGCUCUACAAUGAAUCCUGACAACAGGGCUGGGUUAUUCCUGGUGACUCCCACUUUAGAGCAGAUUAGUCCUUCUUUUUGAUCAGAAUGCAUGGAGGAGGUCCAGAAUUGGGACUGGAGAAGACAGAGCUGAGUAAUCGCCCUGUUGCACUGGGCCAGCCUCUUCCCAGCCUCCAGAACUGAGAUACAUGUCUGUUGCUUAAGCCGCCCAGUCUGUGGCAUUUUGUUAUAGCUGCCUUAGCUGGCGAAAACACCAGCCCAGGCCCCAUUUCUGGGGUGUGGGAUGUGAACACUGACACCUCCUCCAAAAGGGCCUUUGUCCUGGUACCGGCUGCUGCCCCUCUAACCGAAGCCUGCUCUGGAACAGCAGGGUUUGUUUCCCCUUCCUAUGAGACACAGAAGCACUCCUGGGCCUCUCCGAGCCCACUCCCAUAUUUCUCUAGGGAGGACAGUGGAACCAGACCCUGGGGCCUCUGGGCCUGAGCUGCCUCUGCUUUGGGGGAUUAGGAGGCCAGGUGCCUUUUCUUCCUGAGGGAACACCCCUCCCACAACCCUCUCCUGGCUUAGAGAAAGGAAAAACAAAGCUGGGAGAGCAGCCUGCUGGGCAGGUGGCACCUGCCCAGAACCUGGCUUCCUUUUCUCCGGGUACAGCAGCCCCUGCGUCAUUCAGCACCUUCCCAGUGACCAGUGGUGAGGGUGGGAAGGUGGCUGUGUGGCUCUCUUCUCCCACGGAGAGGGCCUAAGGGAGGGCCAGGACAGGUGGGAACCUUUCCUAAGCCCACAAGCACUGAACAUCUGAGCCUCUGGGGCAGGGGUCCUCCGGCCUGAGACCCACUGCUGAAACUGAAGUUCUCUGAGACCGGAGGCUGCUUCUUGGGCUCCCAUUUUAAUACCUCUGGCACUUGCUGCUAGCGUCAGCCUCGGAAAGCCCCCCAGUUUCCCUUUGGGUGGGAAUAAGGAGUAAGUGAGCCAAGGGCCCUUCCGGUUUCACUUCCACCUUCUAGUAAACAAAGAAAACUUCGGGCAGGUCCACCUCUUUUCCACGAAGGCCCCCAAGUGGACAUUUUAACCAUUUUUAGAAAUGGAAGUUCUAAUCGUUUCUAACACUUACAUUGCUGGGCACUACCUCAGUCCUAACUGUUCAGAAUCUCCUGGACCGGGGUCCAGGGUGAAGGAGAAUCUCUGCCUGUACGCGUCCAUCACAGGGGCCCACAGACCAUUGCUCCUGCAGGCCUCUCAGGGUUUUUGGGGGGUGUGCACGUGCACACGUGUGCGGUGAACCCUCUGUCACUGUCACCUGGGACCCAUUAAGAUGCAGAUUCCUGGGCCGUACCCUAGACUCCUGACCCAAGGAGGGAGUGAGACCCAGGCAUCUGCAUCUGACAAAUGUCCCUGGGUGAACGUGACAUGUAGAAGUGUGACAGCUGCCUCCUUCCACAGGCAGAGGGAAGCACGUGUGCCAUACGCCUGGCUUCCUUUCCUGUUUCCCUUCCAGGCUUUCCCUGCCGACCUCUGCACAGAGGGCUGAGUCCCACAGGUCAGGUCAUUUCUCUCACUCCAAGCAACAGGGGUCCAAGCUGAGCCAAAGUAAGCUUCAAGCUGUGGACACUUCCAGUAAGGAGUCCAGGCAGGUAGUUUCGUGCUGUGUCUCCCAACCCAGAGGUUCCCAGCCCUGGCUGCGCAUUAGCCUUACCUCUGUUGCAGGGGAAGGUGGGGAGAGGUAUGAAAAUACCCAGGGACUCUGAUUCAGCUGGCCUGAGCUGGGGCCUGGGCACAAUAAUUUCAAACUCCCCAGAUGAUACUAAUGUGCAGCCAUGUCAAGAACCUUUGCUCUAACUACAAAGUGAAUAUUGCACAUGGGGUAUGUUUUCUAAUCCACAGAUCAGCUGCCUCUUGCACUACAGAGCCAUGGGCAGUUUGGAAAUGUGUGUGUGGCAGGGGGCGGGGGGUGGUUAGGAUUCCUUUUCAUGCAGCAUCCCAGCACAUUGGAGAUUCCUCCUUCUUCCCUCUUCUCAUGUUUAAUCAGUCCCCAUGUCCCCAUGUCCCCUCUUUGCUCACACUGAUCCUUCCUCUUCUGUUUAGUCCUUUUCCCACCCAACUUCAGGAAUACAUCACCUCCUGCCUGGACAUUUUCACUGUCCUCCCAACUCUCUUUCCAAUGGUCUAAUCUCCACCCCACUGCUUUCCCCUCUGCGAGCAGAGGGCCCUUCCUCAACUUCGGAUGAGAACUUGACUUUGCCCAUCACGGUAUGUCCAAUUUGUCUCAGGUACCUUGUCAAUUCUGUCAUUGGCCUCUAAUGUCCAAAGGAUACACUCAGCCCCUUAAAAAAAAAAAAAAAAAGAAAAGAAAAAAGAAAAA